GAGAUGGGUGGUUUUGUAGGAAUUCUCUUCUCGUUGGUAGCAAUAAUUGUACUGCUUCCAAUUCAUUCUGUUGGUGGCACUACCAGGAGCUAUGAAUUUAAUAUCCAGCUGAAGAACGUGACACGACUGUGCCACACUAAGAGCAUGGUUACGGUGAACGGGAAAUUUCCAGGUCCACGUAUUGUUGCUCGGGAAGGUGACCGAUUGCUUAUCAAAGUUACCAACCACGUCCCCAAUAACAUUACAAUCCAUUGGCAUGGUAUUCGACAGCUUCGGAGUGGAUGGGCUGAUGGGCCAGCUUACAUAACACAAUGUCCCAUACAAACCGGUCAGAGUUACGUGUACAAUUACACCGUUGUUGGACAAAGAGGAACGUUGUUUUGGCAUGCACAUAUAUCAUGGCUACGAGCAAGUCUUUAUGGCCCUCUCAUCAUUCUUCCKAAGCUUAAUGUCCCCUACCCUUUUACCAAGCCGUAUAAAGAAGUUCCCAUCAUCUUCGGAGAGUGGUUUAAUACCAAUCCGGAGGGCAUAAUUGCCCAAGCAACACAAACCGGUGGAGGUCCAAAUGUCUCUGAUGCCUAUACCUUCAAUGGGCUUCCCGGGCCUUUGUAUAACUGUUCUGCGGAAG